CGCCACGUCGCCACUUGGACGGUCCUGGCGGUUGGCGAAACAAGGUUAGGUUAUCACAUUUCGAUGUUGGGUUAGCCUCAAGAGCGCGACUGGCAGCAUCGGUAACCCUCGUGAAUCCUGGCUUUCGAUUUGCAGCAAUGAGCGGCGCUAUGAAAUCGGCACUGGUUAAUUCGAAAAGCAUUUAUAUGUCUCUCAGGGCUGCUCUCUUUCAUUCCACUCCCGUCCUGGAACGUAAAAGGCGAAAUCAUUGGGACACUAGAUUCAACCAUUAUUCAAAAAGAUGUAGAAGGAUUCAUGCUAAACAGACAUUAUUGCGCAAUAUCAAUGCUUAUGCAGACUUCCUGCUUCAGAGCUGGAAGGAUGAGGUUGAUGAUGAUGAUCCAUCUUCAAGUCAAGGCACCACAUGGUUUAGGAAACAAUAUUCUGCCAGGGGCCGUGGAAGGAAAACAAAUGGCUGUAAAGAGUCCUCGUAUUAUUGCAGAAGAAAUUCUGGUUCUGAUUUUCCUGAAGAAGAUUUUGAUGUUGAAACUAUUUUCCGCUCUGCCUUUGGGGGGGACCGAUUCUUUUAUUAUUCCUUCAUCAAUGAAGAGAAUCCUCAAUGGAGAAGGUCAGGACGCUAUUCUAACUACAGCAGGUCUUGGAACUGGAGUGAGGAUGAUGAAUAUUAUGACUCUUCUACCGAGCCUGACAGUUUGGAUUCAGAUUUAGCUUCAGAUAGGUUAGCCCUUGGUUUGACUGCUCAUGGUCCUCUGAAACAAGAAGAUGUGAAAAAUGCGUACAGGGCCUGUGCCCUGAAGUGGCAUCCAGAUCGUCACCAGGGCUCUUCCAAGAUAGUAGCAGAAGAGAAGUUCAAGGCUUGCAGUGCAGCGUACCAAUCUUUGUGUGAUAAGUUGGCCAUAAAUUAAGGACGCGUUUUGCAUGCAUGCUAAUUAUUUUGUUCCAGUAUCCAGCUCAUGGAAGUUAAUGUGGUCUUUGCCACAUAAGCACAACCUGCUUAUUUAAGUUUUCUAGUUUUCACUUUUGAGUAGUGCUAUAUUGAAUUGAGGAAAUAAAUUUACGCCAUGGUAAUGGCAACGGAGCAGGCCAUAUUCUUGACGAAAUCAUGUAUCCUUAGUUCAUUGUAAUUUUCAUUCUGCUAAGGUUCCAGCAGUACUGUUAGGAACUUAUAGUUCUAAUAUCCAGCUUCAAUCAACCUGUUUAUUGUAAUUUCUGUGGCCCUCGUCUGGAAUGCUUGACGGAGAGGCGUUUCUAUUAUAAGUUUAUAACACUUAUUGUAUUUAUAUUGAUUCAUCAUCAUCAUCAUCA